AAUCUCAUCAUUUCCGCCCCUUAUUUUCCUAUCCUAUCCAAACGCGGCCUAAGUAAUAUGGGAAAUUGCAGCUAUGUGGAAGGUUCAAUUCUACAAAGAAAAAUAAAAUUUAAAUUACUACAAAAAUAAAAAUAGGGAGAAGAGUGAAACUAGAUGGCGGGAAAUUGCAGGGAAAAAAGGAAAAAAAAAAAAAGAAAAAGAGAAAACGAAAAUAAAAUGGAAAUGUUUCCACUGCGCUCGCCGUCGGGCUUGAUAACGUUGGGGAAGGGGAUAGGGAUUUUGUUCCAUUGAAGAGAUUCAGAGUGAGGACUGGACGAUGAUGUAUGGAAGCCAAUUCGAUGGCGCUGCGGCCUUCUCCGGCGGCGGUUUCAUGCCCUCGCAGACCACUCAGGCCACCGAUCCCUCCGCCUUCUCCCCCGCCAAGAAUCGGGAUUCUCAGUCUCUGCUUCCAGUGACCGUGAAGCAGAUAAGUGCUGCUGUGUUGUCAAGCGAUGACAGAGUUAAUCUCCUCAUUGAUGGCAUUGAUGUCAACAAUGUUACUCUGAUGGGUAAAAUAUUGAACAAAGCCGAAAGAGUAACUGAUGUCACUUUCUCACUAGAUGAUGGCACAGGGCGGAUUGAAUGUAACAAAUGGUUCAAUGAAUCAUUGGACACCAAUGAAGCGGAAGGCAUCUGGGAUGGAAUGUAUGUCCGGGUUCAUGGACAUUUGAAGAGCUUUCAAGGCAAAAGGCAGCUCAAUGUCUUCUCUAUCAGGCCUGUCACUGACUUCAAUGAGAUUACAACUCACUUCAUUGAGUGUAUCUAUGUCCAUGUGUACAACACCAAGCUACAGAAAUCUCAGGGUGGCCUUAAUAUGCAACCCCAGAUGACAAAUCCAUUGACAAGUACCCCCUUCAAAGUGCAACCUGUUGCCCCUUCGAAUCAAUUUUCUGCCCAACCUGUGAUCGAUGGACUCAGUCACAACAUCAAAAUGGUCCUGGACUGUCUGCAGCGCCCUCAAUACCUGAAGGUGAUAAGGGGUGCACACAUCGAUGACGUCGCUCAGCAACUGAAUCUUCCACUCGAAAAAGUCAAGGAAGCAAUUCAUUACCUUGAAGAGGAGGGACUGGUUUAUUCAACGACAGAUGAGUAUCACUUCAAGUCUACUGGCAAUGCCUGAUCCGAACUGUCACUCCCAGGAAGUACUCUCCAGGAGAGUCUGCAGUUCCCCCGGCUGCCGGAUCCUUAGUACAUGAGCGUAUUAUCCUUCUCAUUCGGGUUAAUCUUUCCUGCUUGAGCUUCUUGUACAGCUUCUAGGAUUCAAACUAGAGUUUUGAGGAUCAAGAUAUUACUUCUCUCUAGCUUUUAGAAAACUAAAAUGGAUAUGAGUAGGUCUGGAAGGUGAUCAGCUGCUUAUAGGGAUGGCGCAUUUCUUAACUACAUCUGCAAUAGUAUCGAAUAGUUGACAGAAUCAAAUAUUUCACACCCUCGGUGGGGUUGUUAAUGUCGUGGAAACAAGUUAACGGUGAGUUCCAUUAUGUCGAAUUUGCACAUGUGAUGCGUUCGAUUCUCAUCAGUAUUAAUUAUCUCUUAUAUC